AUACUGGGGAUGGAUUUUUCCAUUUAGUAUUGGAGAUAGCGUUACCAUGUAUAUCCUUGGGAACCUAACUGAACGGACAUUUACUGCACACCGGGAAGCCACUCAAAUUUGCGAAUUACUUGAGUACACAUUCAUUGUUCCCUGUUGUAGAUAUAAUCCAAUAAUCGUUUUAGCUGGAAAAAAAAUGCAGUGAAGUCAGUAGCAACCAAGGUGCACAAACUGCUCCUCAUGUAGCUGAAUGACUUCUAGUAAGCACCUUUAGGCCCUAGUACUGUCUAACUCAGCAGGAAGCACCAAAGAGACCAGCUGGUGAAGGCUUCCUUUCUCUUGGAAUUAGACAAACACCUGUGAUCAAAAUCUAAACCACUGCCUUGAACUCAUUGAACAAGUUGCCAAGGUGCAGGGACAGCUCUUUGGGAUCCUCACAACAGCAGCCCAAGAAGGAGGACGUAAUGAUGGCGUGGAAACAAUCAAGUCACGCCUUUUGCCUUGGCUGGAGGCUUCCUUUACAGCCGCUUCCAUGGGAAAACCUGUUGACAGCAAGGUCCCCUCUCUGCAGGACACGUUUGACAGGGAGAGACGUAAAGAUCCCAGUCGUCGGGAUCGGGAUGCACAACAAUUAGACGCUAAUUUGAACUCAACCUGGAGUCAACUCAACCAGGUUCAAGACGAUCUGGCUGAAACUGAAAAGAAUCUUGAAGAAACCAAGAACAGAUCGGCCAUAUCCCUUUUGGCUGCAGAGGAGGAAAUAAAUCAGCUAAAAAAGCAGCUUAAAUCUCUUCAAGCCCAGGAGGAUGCUCGCCACAGAAACACAGAUCACAGGAGCUCAGAGAAGAGGCGGGGGGAGCCUCGGAGCUCAGAGCAGCGGAGGUCUGAGCAGAGGAGCUCAAUCAAGCGGAACGCAGACCAGCGGGACACAGAAGCCACAAGCGAUUAUGAGAAACAGCUCCGAAACCUGAAGGAGGAGAUAGCGGUUCUGUCUGCUGAGAAAUCUGGACUCCAGGGAAGGUGCUCCAGGAGCCGGUCUCCCAGCCCUGCCCCUCGCAGCCGCAGCCGAUCUGCCAGCCCCUCCACCGCUGUCAAGGUCAGGAGCCCGUCCCCAAACCGCUCCAAGCUGUCCAGUGUGGCGCGCAAGGCUGCCCUCUUGUCCCGGUUCAGCGACUCCUAUUCUCAGGCCCGUCUGGACGCGCAGUGCCUGCUGCGGCGCUGCAUCGACAAGGCUGAGACCGUGCAGCGGAUCAUCUACAUUGCUACAGUGGAGGCAUUCCAUGUAGCAAAAAUGGCAUUCAGACAUUUCAAGAUCCGUGUGAGAAAAUCGUUGACACCGUCGUACGCAGGGUCGAAUGACUUUGAGAAUGCUGUUUCGGACUAUGUCGUUUGUCAUCUUGAUCUAUAUGAUUCCCAAAGCAGUGUCAAUGAUGUGAUCCGAGCCAUGAAUGUCAAUCCCAAGAUUUCCUUCCCUCCUGUUGUUGACUUCUGCCUCCUCAGUGACUUCAUCCAGGAGAUAUGUUGCAUUGCCUUUGCAAUGCAGGCCUUAGAACCACCCCUAGAUAUUGCAUACGGGGCAGAUGGAGAAGUUUUUAAUGAUUGCAAAUACCGCCGCAGCUACGACUCGGAUUUCACUGCUCCCUUAGUUCUCUAUCACGUGUGGCCUGCUCUCAUGGAGAAUGACUGUGUCAUUAUGAAGGGAGAAGCUGUCACCAAGAGAGGGGCUUUUUGGAAUUCGGUGCGACCUCUAACUCGAUGUCGAAGCAGGAGUUUAAGUCCCGUUUGCCCCCGUAGCCAUAUUGGUUUAAGCACGAUGUCUCGAAGUCGGAGUCCUUCUCCAAUAAGAUGUGGAUUGCCAAGAUUUUAAAACCACCAGACCUGCUCCUUUGCUCCCGGGCGUGGAAACAGCUGCCUCUCCGGUGCCUCCAUCUGCCUGCUGUGUGUGCCUCAGACCUCACUUAAGAUAAUAUCAAAAGGCAAUUCUGUGUAUCACUCCACACAGAGAGUUAAAUGUUUUGGCUUAGCGCAUUUGUAACUUUAGAUACAUUGCAUUUUAUUUUAUAGAUACAAAUUCCAUUAAUUUCAUAAAAACGAUUGUAUAGGUGUUUAGGAUCAUAUUCAUUUGAAACAAAGUCCGUUACAAAGGCUCAGGAUUUCCAUCUCAAAACACUAGGCUCUUUUAUGGGAACUAGGUGAAGUAACUGGAAGCAUUUACCAUGCGGAGGCUAAAAGAAAAAAUGAAUCAUUUUAGUUUGCAGAUGGAUCGUAAAUAUUGUAAUUGUUGGUAUCAGCUUUAGUUUGAAACCAAUAUUAGGUGUUUUAAUUUUCCUUUAAGGUUUGGAAGACAGCCCUAAUCUCAGGUUGGGGAACUUAUGUUAGUAGCAGUGGCUUAAGGCUAAGUAUAGAAGAGCAUUUAAAAAAUAUUAUUAGUUGGCUUGCUUUUGAGACAUUAGUUGGCUGAUUUUGAGAGUGCACUGUUUGGUUCAUUUGAGUAAUGAAUGUCCAAGAGAGAAUUUCUUUGUUCCAUAAAUGUAGAGCAGUGAUUUGACUACAAGCCAGCUCUGAGAGAAAUGUUAAUUACCCCAUGCGUAUCUCCUGGGAAUAUUUCAAACUGUUUUAAUGCAUGUGUUAUAUAUCAAAGUGUCUUGGGGUAUGCUUUUCACCUGUUCUACCUAGUUAUUUGCAAGUUCAGGCCUCCUGUUGAAUUCCAUCUGACCAAAACUACUUAAACUCAAGGCCUAAAACCAGGGGCUCCAUUUACUGAUUUUAAAUUGAGUAUAUAUCCCUUGACUUCUUCACUGUCAAAUACUUUUGGAAGUUUACAUUCAAGAUAAAAAUAGAAUGUUGCUUUCUUGCAAUAAGUAAUAUUAUUUCCGCCUUUUUUUCACCUUCAAGCCAGCUUUAAACACAAGCCUUACAAACAUCUGCUUUCUCCAUAUACCUUUGAGAGAGACACUGAAUUGGCCUCAGCUGAGUUUUGUAUAAGCUCAGUGCCAGAACCAGCGCCUGAUGCUUUUCAGGUGAAAACAAAGCGAACAGCUUCUCUAAAGCAUCUUAUUCCUGUGCUGGAGGUUUGGGGGACCUCUCAGUGCCUGCCCCUUGAGUCUAAUGGUCACCAACUCGUUUUGAAGUAUGAGUUGAAUUUUUUGCCCUCUUUGCAUAUUUACACAGUUAUCACUUUGAAGCAAUGCAGUGUGCUGGAAGGAGCACUAUCUGCCUAGGUAACUGCUAGUGCUGACUUGGUCAUCAGCUGGCCUUGAACAAGUUACUUCACUUCUCUGAGCCUCAGUUUAAUUGUAGGGUGAGGAGGUUGGAUAAAAUUAGUGGCUGUCUUAACCCUACAGACUCAAUGUUGCCUCUCAUAACAAAUAUUUUAUUCUGAAUAUGAAAUGAAAAUCAAAAUAUAAUUAUGUGCACAUAUAAUUUUAAGCAAUGAACAUAGUACCCUAACUAUAAUAUAAAGCAGAAAAAAGAAAGCAACUUUUAAUAAAAUAAAAUUUAUUUCAAUAAAAAUGCUUGGGUAUAACAACCCUAGAAGAUAAAAUUAAGCCAUUAGAUGCCUAAACCUGUAUGUAGAGCCACCAGCUAUAAAUGAAGAUCAGUGUACUGGCAACAGAAAAUCACAGUGUUGUCAUUGGAUGUGACUUUCUGAAAUGGUGGGCAACUCUUGUUAAGGUUUUGAACAAAAAAUAUCUUAUAGUCUUGCCCUGAUUUACACAGCAGUCACAUUUCUGGAAAAUUCAAGUGUAUAUUAAAAACAUGCAACAGUUA